AUGGAAGCACCAUUCGAAUUGCAUAAAUGCACGAAGUGCGCCCAAUUACUGUUGUCUUCGUUCGAGGCGCGAAAACACGCUUUCACGCACAUGACUGAUUGCACAUUAUGCUGUGAUGUGUGCGAUUUCAUGAGCGAUUCUGAAUUGAAGAUCAAUCAACACAUCAACACUCAUGACCCGCAAGCGAAGAUGACAUACCUGAUCAAACUCUCGGACCUGGACAACGCGGAGCGCACGUCGAUCGAGUGUUUCCCGGAUAUGCAUGUCGAUUUGCAUCAAUUCUUCAACAAAUAUCGAGAACGCGCGGGAUCGCAGCUUGGCAACAAGCAACAACACACUGGACAAAAGAAUCCUCGCUUGGACGCUGAUCGACAACAGGAAGCUAGCCGUGAAGAAAAUGCUGUGGCAAAGAUGAAUGAGGAAGGAAUGAACCUUCAACAAGAGAAUGUGGUGAAACCGGGCGAGAAUGGCCAAUUGAAAGCGGUUGAAAAGGAGGAUCCGUUCAAGAAUUUCAUCUACGAUCCUCGCGCGGUGCCAAUUGAGAUCAGUGAUGAAAGUAUGGUGGAAUCUCCACCACUCCAGUCCACUUUGGAUCCACAAGCCGUUGCAUUCACUCCUCCAACAGUCAGCACCGCUGCCGUUGAGCGUUCGCGAGUUGAGCAAUCGUCACCGAUUGGGUUGAUCCGCCAGCCGCCGCUUGAUCCGCCAGCCGCCUCCUUCACUCCAUCAACAUUGCCUGUGGUCGACACCGCUUCUUCUUCUUUGGGUCAACGUGCUGAGCUUCAAGUUCAACGUGAGAUUUCACGCGAGGCGCCCACCGACGCUCCUUCACUGACGCAUGCUCGUGCCGUGGAAAAUUUGAUUUCUGGGUCGUUGGAGCAGGUCUUGGUUGGUCAACGAUCCGGAAACGAUGAGGAUAAAAUCACCGACGAUGAAGCGCAAGCUAUUCGAGAAGCUUGCACGCGUUUAAAGGCAACCUUGGGCGAAAAGGAAAGGGAGGAGGAGAUGAUGUACACGAAGCUCGGCGAGCAGCAGAUGCAAAUGGAAGAAUUACGCAAAUUGAUUGCAAUGGAGAAAGCGAAACGCCGAGUGAUCAAACGGAAC